GUAAUCAUAUGCAGUUGUAUUUUUUUUUUUUUUUUUUCAAGAAAAAGAGAGAAGAAAUGAAAAGAUUUUGCCGUCGUCAUCUACAUCUUCACUAAAACCAGUGACAAAAACAAAAAACCUAAAACCCCAAAACCUUAAACCUCAACAACAAUGGCAACCACCACUAAACUCCUUCAACUCCGCCCAAAACCAAAACCCACUUUCCCCAAAUUCUUCUCUUCUUCAUCAAAUCGCAAUCUUGAAAACUCCCAAACAACCCCUAAUGACACCCCUUCAUCAGAACAACCCAACCAAGCAACACCUAACACAACUAAACCCUUUUCUUUUUCAUCUAUAGCCAAUAAUAACUCACAAAACCCAUCUUCAAAAACCUCUUCUUUUGAUGAAAUACGCAAAAACCUAGCUGAAUUUCGUCUCCGUGCCACCUCAUCAUCACCCCCUUCAUUUCAAGAACUCUACAAAAAAAAUCUCAACAAUAAUAAUAAUGUCAGGUCUGAGGUUGACAGGAGACCGGGCCCCACCACUGGAAAGGUUGACUUCAACAGGAUUCGAGAAAACCUACGUAACUUCAACAACAACAAUGUUAACAACAAUAGCCAGAAUGAGAAUAGAGGGAAGUUGUUUAAUUCGUUAUCGCUUUCGCGAUAUAAAGAUAGUUUUAAGUUGAGACCUGAUAUGAAUAAUAAAGAUAAUGUGAAAGGAGGAGCAGGAUCGGGAAUGUUGAUAGGUGGGAGCGAAAAUGGGAACUUGCCCGCAUCGAUAUUCGGGAGGGAAAUGAUGACGGAUAGAGAGGGUGGUGGUUAUGAAGAAGGGAUGAGGUCGGAGUUUGUUAGGUCGUAUAGUCACGGUGAAUUGGGCGAGAAGUUGAAAAUGUUGAGGCCGACGAUAAAGAAGGAUGAGAAGAAGGGUUGGUUUUCGUUGCAAGAGUUGAAGGAUAGAUUGGUGAAGAUAAGGGAAACUGAGGAGAAAGAGAGCAAGUCGAUGAUUGGUGAUGUUGUGUAUAAAGAAUUGAAAGAGUCUCUUAAAAAAUUGAGUCAGCCUGAUGACCAAAAGUCUAAGAAGACAAUGAUUCAGAGACUUGAUGUCUUGGGGCAUCUGGGUGGUACACCAAGCUUUAUGUUGCAUCCACCAAAAGAACACUUGGUUGAAAAGUUUUUCCACCCAGAUAACAUGUCAUCUGGGGAAAAAAUGAAACUGGAGCUACAAAAAGUGAGAGAUGAAUUUAAAAUGUCUGAGUCAGAUUGUGGAUCUGCACGUGUUCAAGUGGCUCAGCUUACAACAAAAAUAAAGCACCUAUCCACAGUUCUUCACAAAAAGGAUAAGCACUCUCGUAAGGGUCUACAAGAAAUGGUGCAAAAGAGGAAGAAGUUAUUGAAGUAUAUGCGAAGGACAGAUUGGGACUCCUACUGCCUUGUUCUUUCUAAGCUUGGCCUCCGAGACAAUCCAGAUUACAAGUUUUAGAACAGCAUGUAUAACAUUGCACUGGAAUGCAGAAAUGCAAGUUUUACUUUGCAGAUUGCUGGAAGUCUUUUUCUUACCGAAAUUUUCCUUCUUGUUGUGGGGAGAGGCGGCGAGGGGGAUGGACUUUUGUUGUUGGUUGACUCAUGUCUGCCUCCCAAAGGAAGAUCAUAACUGGAUCUUGAAGUUUUGUGAUUCCAUUGUCUUUGAAAGGAGAGCCAAAUGUAGGAAUUUAAGUUUUUGCUUAUACCAUGUUUUUUUAUUAUAACAAUGGUGUCUAGAAUAACUUGCACGCAUCACGAUGUUUAUGUAACUUUUAUGUACUGGGGUUCUUGACAUUUUUACCUUCUGAUAGUGUGAGUGAAACUAACAAGUGACUGAGUAAUUGGUCUUCGAAAGGACUAGAGAAUCUUACUUGUCUGAAUUGUAGUUGGAUGGUGGCGAAAACGUUGAUUAAUUAUGCUGCUUCAACUA